AAAAAAUUAAAAAAAAGAAUACAAAUAAACUAAAAAAAUGCUAAAUAAUAGUUAAUUUGUUUCAAGUAAUAACCAAAAUAAUUCAUAAUUUAUAAGAAAUAGCAAUUUAUUAGCAAAUACAAAUAUAUUAGGAAGUAGUUUUUUCCAUCAUAAAUCCGUAGCCUAUCCUUAAUAAUCGCCGAAUCGUCGUGCUUUUUAGCCCGAAAAAGAGAGAGAUUAAAUGAUAUAAUAAAAAGAUUUAAUAGUGUAAGAUUUUAUCGAUAAAUUCAUUAAAAAUCAUAAUUACACGCCUAUAACAUCUCCUGAUGGUUCUGUUUAUUAGGGUUAAAUGAUAAAUGGUAUGAAACAUGGAAAAGGAAUAUACACAUAUCCAAAUGGUGAUAAAUACCUUGGAGAUUGGUAAGAAGAUGUUUUUGAUGGCGAAGGAAAAUAUAUUUUUUCUUUGGGAGAAAGAUAUGAAGGUUAAUUAUAAAACGGACGUAAACAUGGAUUUGGAAAAUAUUGUUAUAUAAAUGGAAACAUAUUUGAAGGAUAAUGGAAAAACGAUUAAAAGGAAGGAAAUGGUGUCUAUAUUUAUAAUACGACAGGAGAAAAAUAUGAAGGGGAAUGGAAAAACGGGGAAAGAAACGGACAUGGUAUAUACUAUUUUGCAUUUGGUGAUAAAUAUGAUGGAAUGUGGGAAAAUGGUUUCAAAAGUGGAAGAGGAACCCUAUUUUAUUCUUCAGGAGCAAGGUAUGAAGGCAUAUGGUAAAGAGAUAGAGCAAAUGGACAAGGAGUUAUGUAUUACACCAAUAAAGAUAAAUAUGAAGGAGAAUGGCUAGAAGGUGAAAAACAUGGAACAGGAACUUAUUAUUUUAGCAAUGGAAGUCAAUAUUAAGGCUAAUGGGCUAAUGAUUAUAAGAAUGGAAUUGGAAUAUUUAUUCAUGUAAAUGGAGAUAGAUAUGAAGGAGAAUUUAGAGAAGGAGAAAAAAGCGGAAAAGGUAUUUAUUUCUAUGUCAACGGAGAUAGAUAUGAAGGUGAAUGGUAAAAUGACAAAAGACAUGGUUUAGGAAGACUUUAUGUCACAACUGGAGAUGUUUAUUAUGGUGAAUGGAAAGAAGGAGAGAAAAAUGGUAGAGGAGAAUAUAAUUUUGCUAAUGGAGAAAGAUAUGAAGGUUAUUGGCUUAAUAAUGUUAGACAUGGUAAAGGUAUAUACUUUUGGAAUAAUGGUGAAUAAUAUAAUGGAGAAUGGAAAUAUGAUAAAAUGAAUGGAUUUGGAGAUUUCAGAAAACCAGAUGGAAGUAGUUUCGAAGGAUAAUUUAGAGAUGGAUAAGUUAUUGAAUGAAAUUAUAUGUAAUUUUGAUGAUUUUUUAAUAGAAUAAAAAGAAAUAAAUAAAAUUUGU